AUGUUGUCUCUCGCCGUUCUGUCCUUGAUCUCCGCGGUUGCCGCCCAGCAGGUCGGCACUGAUACCGCUGAGACCCAUCCCAAGAUGUCUUGGAAGAAGUGUACCAGUGCCAACAGCUGCACAACAGUCAAUGGAGAGGUUACCAUUGACUCCAACUGGCGAUGGAUCCAUAAGGUCGGUACUACGACCAACUGUUACGAUGGAAACAAGUGGACGUCUGCUUGCAGCAGCAACUCUGAUUGCGCCACCAACUGCGCCAUUGAGGGAAGCAAGUACCAAGAGACCUAUGGUGUGACCACCAGCGCCGAUGCUCUGACCCUCAAGUUCGUCACCAAGCAUCAGUACGGUACCAAUGUUGGUUCUCGGCUGUAUCUGCUCAACUCUCCCACUAAGUAUGAGAUGUUCAACUUGGUCAACAACGAGUUCGCCUUUGACGUCGACCUCUCUUCGGUCGAGUGCGGCCUUAACAGUGCCCUGUACUUUGUGGCCAUGGACGCCGAUGGUGGUAUGGCAAGCUACCCUACUAACAAGGCUGGUGCCAAGUAUGGAACUGGGUAUUGUGAUGCCCAGUGUGCCCGUGAUCUUAAGUUCAUUGGAGGCCAGGGCAACUACGAAGGAUGGGUUCCCUCCACCUCCGAUGCCAACGCUGGCGUUGGCAACAGGGGCGCCUGCUGCGCUGAGAUCGAUGUCUGGGAGUCCAACUCCCAUUCCUUUGCUCUCACACCACAUGCGUGCCAGAAUAACGCCUACCACAUCUGCACAGCCCCCAACUGUGGCGGCACCUACUCCGAGGAUCGCUUUGCUGGCGAUUGUGAUGCCAAUGGCUGCGACUAUAACCCCUACCGCCUGGGUAAGACCGACUUCUACGGCAAGGGCAAGCAGGUCGAUACCUCCAAGAAGUUCACCGUUGUUACCCAGUUCAAGACCACUGGCCUGAAGCAGUUCUUCGUCCAGAACGGAAAGCGCAUCGACAUCCCUGCCCCCGCCUACAGCGGAGUCCCCGCCAGCUCCGAGAUCACAAAGGAUUUCUGCGACAACAUCUUCAAGGUCUUCAACGACUACAACCGAUACUCCGAGGUUGGCGGCUGGUCUGGUAUUCAGAGCGCCUUAGCCAAGCCGCACGUCCUCGUCAUGUCCAUCUGGGCCGAUCACUACGCCAACAUGCUCUGGCUCGACGGCGUCUGGCCCAAGGAUGCCAACGCCAGCGACCCCGGCAAGAAGCGAGGCGACUGCCCUGCCAGCUCUGGCGUGCCAGACGAGGUCAUCGCCAACUACCCCAACGCGUUCGUUACCUGGUCGAACGUGCGCUUCGGCCCCAUUGGCGCCACCACUGGCCUGUAA